CGCGUUGCCAUGGGGACGGGGAGGGAGAAAUAUGGAGGCCUUGCGUGUGCGGGGUCGGUCCAAGCACCCUCCUCAUUUGCCUUUCUCCCCUGCUCGGAAGGAAGGACAUUUCUCCCAGGCUGUGCAGGGCCAGAGAUGUGGCUCCCAAGGCGACCCUGACCCUCACCCUUCAAAAUGGCAGGAUGGAGUUGAGUUGGAAGGCCCUGGUGGCCUCUUCUACCUCAGCUGGAAUACUUGUCCAAUUUGGGGCACCACAAUUCAGGAGAGAAAUUGACAAGCUGGAACGUGUCCAGAGGAGGGCAACUAAAACAGUCAAAGUUCUUAGAAAAGAAGAAGAUGGAAAGUAAUGCUGUCCUUUUGGAAUCCAAAUCCUCACCACUAAACCUCCUGAAUGAAAUGCACCAACUCCGCCUCCUUGGACACCUUUGUGAUGUGACUGUGAGUGUGGAAUAUCAUGGUGUCAGGGCAGAGUUUGUUGCUCACAAAGCUGUGUUGGCAGCGACAAGCAAGUUUUUUAAAGAGGUGCUUCUCAGUGAGAAAGGCAUGGAUGGACCAAGGAGAAUUGUAUUAUUGAAUGAAGUCCAAGUAGCUGACUUUGCAUCUUUUCUUGAGUUUGUUUACACUGCCAGGGUAGAGGUAGAAGAAGAUCGGGUGCAGCGCAUGUUGGAUAUAGCUGAGAGGUUAAAAUGCUUGGAUUUGUCAGAAACCUGCUUUCAACUAAAGAAGCAGAUGCUUGAAUCAGUAUUGUUGGAGUUACAGAAUUUUUCGGAGUCUCAGGAAGCCGAAGAGGACAGUAGCGGUCAGUCAAGCAGUCUACUUGAGUCCAAGGCAAUUGGUGACACACAGAAUGACAAUGUAAACUAUUUUUCAAAUUCUUCACUUGAAAGGCUCAGAGAUGGAGAGUGCCUUGAGGCCCCUACUGCUAAACUAAAGGAGAGGUUGGACAAGAAAAAAGAAGCCCUGAAGAUGCCCUGCACCAAAAUCAGGAGGGCUAGUGGAAGGCUGGCUGGAAGGAAAGUGUUUGUGGAAAUACCCAAGAAAAAGUACACAAGGCGCCUGAGAGAGCAGCAGAAGUACGCUGAGGCUGUUGCUGCAGAGAGCAGGCUCUCCAAAGAGCACCACAUUUAUGAAGAAGGUGGUGAAGAGGAGGAGGAGGAGGAGAAAGAGCAAGUAGCAAAUAGUGUGAAGCCUGAACACAAAGAGUGUGAAGACACCCAUGAACUGGAAGAAAAUGAGAAUAAACUGGAGGAGUACAAAAAAGACCAUGCUGGCAAUUUUACAUGCAGCACCUGCGAAAGAGAAUUCCUGUAUGAGAAGAGCUUUCUAAAACACAUAAAGCACAGCCACGGAAUCACAGCCGAGAUUAUUUAUUGUUGUGAAACAUGCGGCCAGACUUUUGCCAACCGGUGCAACCUCAAAAGCCACCAACAACACGUCCACAGCAGUGAGCGCCACUUCCCAUGUGAGCUCUGUGGUAAGAGGUUCAAGAGGAAGAAGGACGUCAAGAGGCACAUUCUGCAGGUUCAUGAGGGUGGUGGGGAGCGUCAUCACUGCCUACAAUGUGGAAAGGGUUUGAGCUCCAAAACGGCCUUGAGGCUUCAUGAAAGGACACAUACAGGCGACAAGCCUUAUGGGUGCACAGAGUGUGAGGCUAAGUUUUCUCAGCCUUCGGCACUCAAGACACACAUGAGAAUCCACACUGGUGAGAGGCCUUUUGUUUGUAGUGAUUGUGGAGCAAGAUUCACACAGAAUCACAUGCUUAUAUAUCAUAAAAGAUGCCACACAGGGGAACGGCCAUUCAUGUGUGAAACUUGCGGGAAGAGCUUUGCCUCUAAGGAGUAUUUGAAACACCAUAAUAGAAUCCACACGGGGUCCAAGCCGUUUAAAUGUGAAGUCUGCUUCCGAACAUUUGCACAGAGGAAUUCGUUGUAUCAGCACAUUAAAGUUCAUACAGGUGAGCGCCCUUACUGUUGUGAUCAGUGUGGCAAACAGUUCACCCAACUCAAUGCCCUGCAGCGCCAUCAUCGAAUUCAUACAGGGGAGAAGCCAUUUAUGUGCAACGCCUGUGGCCGGACAUUUACUGACAAAUCUACACUUCGGCGGCACACCUCAAUUCAUGACAAAAACACACCAUGGAAGUCUUUUCUUGUAGUUGUCGAAGGAGCCUCAAAAAACGACGAGGAUCCCAAGACAGAGCUUCCUGAUGAAGAGUAUGAUAUGACUCACCCCAAGAUAUCAGAGAAGCUGCUGUCAUUCCCUGAAAAUGGACACUAUCAGAAUCUGGCUGUUGUCCAAGAAAGCCUGACUGGGCUGCGUGCAAAUGGGCCUUCUGCUGUCACCAACUGUAAGGUGUCUGGCUCAGCAGGGUCCCAAGAAGGCCUCGCUGCUGCAGCUUUGCAUGAUCUCACUGUGUUACACACCCAGGCAGACUCACUCCAGCCAUCUCUUCAGACCUUGGUGAAUAUAGAAUAGCAACAUCACCCCAAGGGAAAAAAACAGCCCUGAAUUAUCUGUUUAAUGCUGUAUAUUCUGGCGCCACUGGUGGACUGCAAAAGAAUAACAAAGGCUUACCUUGGCUGCUUGUCAGUGUUCUGCAUUCUUGCCAAACCUGUAUUUCUGGAGUUGUAUCUCAACUGAAGAAUUCAGUCAUCCUGUACUAAAGAGCAAUAUACUCUUUUUCCUUUUCUUACAUGUAUCACUUUCUGAUGAUAUGGUCAGUAGAAGGAAAAUGAAAUUAUGUUUUAAUUCAUACAUGCUUCCAUUCCUUUGUUAUAACAUAUCCAUUUGGCAAGAUUUCCAGCAGUCCCUGUUGAAAAGAAGGUAAUUCUGCUUUUGUCACAUAAUUAUGUAUUUAUUAGAUGCUGUAUGCCAAUAUCUCUACAUUAUAAAUGGUGCAAUCUUUAAGAUGGUAGGGAAAAUUUGGCUCUCUAAAUAUUUUGGUCUGUAUCUCACAGAAGUCCUAAAGGUUUGUAUAGCUGUAGUCUUACACCUGAAAGAUAAAUGGGUCCACCUCUGCUCCAAGCCAAAUGCUUAAUGGAGUAUUAAUAUAGACUUGUUUUAGCUUUCAUAAAUUAGUGUUCUCUUCCCAUCCAACCACCCAUUCUACCUUCAGUGGUUUCUCCAUUAAAUUUUUUGCCUUAGUGUGAUAACAAAAAAAAAUCUUCCAGCUUCAGCAACAGCCUGAAGGUUUCCAGUGAAUAUUCUUGUUAUUGGGUAUGUAUUAAUGUUUAUACCAAAGGUUAUAUUAUCCAUUGUAGAAUUCUAAUUACAACUAGAACUGAUAUUCUAAUGAUGGCUAGCAGCCUUUUGAAAACUAGAGUGACUUAGGUCUCCAACUUAGAUUUCUAAAGUUGUAUAGAAUAUGUGUUUGGAACACUAUUUCAUUAUUAUAACUGCUAGACUUUGAAAGAAGUGUCUUUUAAAACAGGCUGUUUUCCAUCAAAUGAAGGCUGGUUUUGUUUUUGCUACAAAUGCAUUGAUAUUGUGCCUUUUUAUUUUUGAAUUCAGGAAAAAAGUGCCAUAACCAAAACCUAUUCCAGUCUUGACAUUCCAGUGAUUCCCCACAAGACUUGAACUUGCUAAUCCUAAUGCUGGGAAUAACCCUAAUUUAUGAUUAUAUCAUCCACAUCCACCAGGAUAUUGGCACCACUCAAAAAGAAGCAUUGCUUGUAAAAGCUGGAUGAGAUAUGAUUUCUAUUCUUUUUUCAUUCAACAGUAAACACGUCUGCUAAAAUACAGUAUGUUUAGCUCAGACAGUGUUACAACAGAGAAACUUUAAAGUGUCACACUCAAGCAUACUGUUCAAAAUAACUCAUUUCUGCCUUCUUGCCACAGUAAGGAGCUAGGCUAUGUUGCUUUCCAUGUAGUUCUGUGCUUUUGUCUGAGUUACAUCAAGUGAUGCCCAUCCAACAGUUUCCUCUGCAGCCCCUCACGUCUGCACCAGAGCUGGAGGAUCUUCUGGAACAGAUAUGAGGGUAUUCAUACCACUUUUCCUUUUAUACUCACACUUACUGAGCAUAACAGUCUCUUAAGGCAUCACAUGUAUCUUCCCCACUGACCUGACCUCUAUGAUUGGUCCUGUCACAGCAUGUGAAAGAAAGAAUGAAAAAUAGGACUGAUACUCUGAGGGAAAGUUGUUUUUUCCAGGCAUGGGUGUUUAAGCACAAAAGUGUCAUCAUUUAUCCUUCAGAGUUGCAUAAUUCAUGACAUUUGUAUAGGUUUUGGAAACAGUAUUACCCAGGCUACGUUGAUUCUUAUGUGGGUUAGGUACCGUGUGGUCUCCCAACUGUGAUGGAGCAGGGAUCUAGGCCAACUGGAGAAAAUCACAAUUCUUUCCUUAAGGACCUGUGCUGAUAUUUUAUUUUCUGAAAAGCAGAGCGAUAAAAGAUCAGUGCAACCAUUUCAUUUCUUUAUAUAAACCUAUUAGUAAGAGCUUGUCAUCUUCUAUUCCUUGUUUGUCUAGUCUGCUAAAAGGGAUCUUUUUAGAGAGAAUACUUAGAGGUUAUAUUUGCAUAUUUAUUUUGUAAGCCCAGUACUCAUUUUUGACUAUUGAACUUUAAUGAUCAAUUGCAGAGAAUUUGUAGUAAAUAUAUAAAUCCCUGUUAGUACUGCUAUGUAGAAUUUAUUUUAUAUUGUAUCAACAUGUGAAAUUGGGUUAACUUGUAUGGAGAUGCCCCAUUAAAAGAAAAUGAAAUAGUA